CGGCACAGCGGGGUGCCGCCGGAGAUAUGACGAACCCCGUAAACACCACAAUCUGCCGCGUCCAUCCUCUCGCAAGGCGCCAUGGGUGGUACCCCUCCACAACCUCAAAUGCUUACACAUCCAGCUAUGCAGAACCCCAACUUUCGGAUGCACCCCUCCGCGUUGGCAGCCCAGAUGUCCCAAAUUUCAGGGGUAUCCGCAGACGCUGUAAGUAA